GGAAGACCUGAUGGACUUCGGGCUGGAGAGGAGCCGAUGAUGCUGAUGUCUUAUUGAUGAUCAUUUUUGGUUCCCUGUCUGAGGCUUGUUCACACUCGCUCCCCUGUCCAGACAAAAACUCUCUAUGCACAGGGAGGUUUACCUGAGAAGGUGUUUCCAUGGGAACCGUCAAGAGGUGAGGUGUAUGAAUCGGCUGGACCUUCUUCUGCCUCCUCAAAUGUCCACCAUCCCAGCAGGCCCCUGCGAUCUUCCCCAGUGUGCUGAGUGUGUUUGAGAGGACUAUCGUCCCUGUGGGCAUCCCAGCGAAACACUUCAGAAGAGGGGACUGAGUGACAUCUGGAGUUAAGGCUGCCUUCUCUCUCUGGACGGACAGGAGAAUGGAAAUCACCCUGUACUGCUGUUUUCUGUCCCUGUUUCUCAUCCAACAGCACCAAGCCUAUCCUAGCUCAAAACCGGGCCCCACAGCGGAGGAGGGCCUCCCGACGCAGCUCGUCCACAAGGCUCACCGGAGGGAGAAGCGGUGCUCGUGUGAGAACCCCAGGGACAAGGAGUGUGUGUACUUCUGCCACGUGGGCAUCCUCUGGAUCAACACCCCCAGUCAGGUGGUCUCCUACGGUUCUGUUCGGCUCAGGAGAGACCUGGACCGCUGCCUCUGUACCGAUCACCACGACGAUGGCUGUCUUCGAUACUGCUCGGCCAAUCGAAAGCGCUCAGAUUGGAAAACAUCUGAAGUCAAGAAACAGACCUCCAAACAACAGAACCGGCGCAAGGCAUUGUGGGAGAGAAACAACAGAACCGGAAUCGCGCGACCCAAGGAAGAGCGGCGGGAAGGAGAAACGCCGGUAGCUCAGAGGGCCACUUGAUGCAACCAACGGACGGUCAGCUGUCGAGCGUCCCUCUCUUUGUUUCCCAGACGAUGGUUUGGAAGUAACAAACGUCUGGUUUCACCGACACGUGGACAGAGCCGAAAUAAAUCAACCAACUUAUUCUCAAACAUGUGUUAUCUCUAUAAGCUGACAUUCCAAGCAUUUAGAGGACGGGAUGAUUGACUGGACUUAAUGGAUGAAUUACCAAAAUGGACCCAAAGUAUAUAUAAACUUACUUAAAAAGAACACUCACAGAACGGAACUCUGUGGCCUGAGGCUGAGUCCAGACCGGACCACCCUGCGGCGGGGGCCGCGGACGCGUAUCACGGAAGAACGACAAACAGUUUAAAUUGCGGGACUAAACCGCGCGUCAAAACAGUGAGAAAGGGUGGACCGUGGACGGGCUGCUUUACGACUCCUCCGGCCUGGAGAAUGGACACAUAUAGUAAGAAUAACACCGCGUUGUGUUUGUCCCAUACGCAUGUCUUUAAACUCACACGGCAGACACAUGGACGCCCCUGUCCGGACGGCCAGGCAUGCACCAUGCUGCACCAUUUACAUUUGCAUUCACGGUAUUCAGCAGACAAUUUUUUCCAAAGCGACUUACAAUAUGUAGGCCCUACAUUUGUCAGAAGAAGGAGAAACAACAAUUUUUCGCUGUCGGUACAGGAAGGAAAUGUCAAGCACCAACAAUCUGCCCAAUGAGGUCUGUCCUUUUAAAGGGCCUAGGUCUGGUAGGCCUACUAAACGAUAUGAUUAACAUAAUAUGAGCUUAAUUAAGCUCAUCAUAUAUUUUGUAAUACAUUAUUCAUGUAAAAGAUUGUCAGCAUAUUGAAACACAACAUUAGGCCUAUAUGAAACUCACCAAGUUAAACUGUAUUUUUCAUGUAUAAAAUAAAAUGACCUGUGUCUCGUAUUGAGACACAAAUCACUGUAAGCAAACUAAUCUAACUUCUGUCUUGCUUCUUCAAUGUAGAUGUACUGCGUUACAAGGACAACAAAUUAUAUCUAGAUUUGUUUUUAGUGGAUACAAUGCAUAAUGUUUAAGCAUAGGCAUUUAUAAAUAUACAGUAUGUAUCUUCUCUUUGAUGUACGUACUGUGCAAUUACACAGUAUGUAAUCUGUGCACUUACUCAU